AUGUGGAUGAAGAUAUACUUGUUUCUUGCCUUCGUGCCUAUCCUUGUUCGCUCUCUUGCUCCAACGGACGAGAUUCAAGAUGCGGACCCUUCCCAAUCAGGCUAUCUGGAUAACCACAAUCUCCACCCCAACACAGUCGGGUCGGCGAUAUUUGGCAUGUUAUGGAAAAAUACGUACGGCAACAAGGAGAGAUGGUAUGCGAAACCACUCGUCUAUACACCCCCAGGCGGCACACAGCUUGUCUUUCUCGCGUCCGCACAGAAUGUUAUCCGGACGCUUGAUGCCGUCAAUGGAACACUGUUGAACUCUCGGACUGUUCAACCUCCGUUUCUGCAGAAAGAUAUUGGAUGUACAGAUAUUCCAGAUUACAUUGGAGUUAUCGUGAGUUUGAUAUGCUGA